AUGACUGUUAUUGAGAUCACUUCGCAAGACCAGUUCACUGAGCUGACAUCCGUGUCAAACAAGCUCAUUGCUCUUUAUUUCCACACUCCCUGGGCCUCACCAUGCAUCCAAAUGAAUAAGGUCUACUCCACUUUGUCCGACUCUUCUCAGCACAGCAACACAUCGUUUCUUUCGAUAAAUGCUGAUAACCAUCCUGAAAUCGCCGAUCUCUUCGACGUGUCUGCUGUUCCCUACUUUGUCUUAGUCAGAAAUGGGACCAUUUUGAAGGAGCUCAGUGGAGCAGACCCUAAAGAGUUUGUGACGGCGUUGAACCAGUUCAGCGACAAACCACAAGAAUCGCAAAGCUCUCUGUCAUCCAAUGUGCCACAACCAGAGCCGGCUUCUGCCAGACAAGCCGGCUUAUCGAGCUCAAAAUCGCCUUCCCCUGAGGAAGAAACCCCUGAGCAAUUGAACGCCAGACUCGCAAAGCUGACAACCGCAGCUCCUAUCAUGUUGUUUAUGAAAGGUACUCCAUCUGCUCCACAGUGUGGAUUCUCAAGACAGCUGGUGGCAAUUCUGAGAGAGCACCAGGUGAGAUUCGGAUUUUUUGAUAUUCUCAAAGACGACGCCGUCAGACAGGGACUCAAAAAAUUCAGCGACUGGCCUACAUUCCCCCAGCUUUACAUUGGCGGUGUUUUCCAAGGUGGACUCGACAUUGUGAAAGAAAACUUGAGCGAAGACGAGCACUUUUUCGAGCACGCUUUGGAAGAGGCAAACAACGCCAGCUAA